AUGGCCCAUGCCGAAUUAGGAAUCAUCUUCGCAUGUGCCGUCAUCAUCUUCUACGCUGUUACCUGUUUCGGGAUCGGUCCAGUCACCAGAGUCGCCAUCAGUGGUGCCUUCCUCUUCCUGGAGUGUGCAUCAUCGCACGAAGAACUGCACACGUCCAAACAUGUGGCAUUCUUCAUCAUGCUCCGCUUACCCCACAUCGGUUACCGCUACUCACGAGAUAGGCCAGGUAUACCUAUAGCUACCAGCAUGCUUACAUUCAUUCUCUCAAUCUCCAUUGGCCUCGUCGGAUCUUAUCUCGGCUUCGUCUUACUCCUCACCAUCCCGACUCUACAGGAUCACGUCAUCUUCCUGCACCGAGUAACCCGAACAUGGGGUCAGGAUAUCAACGUCCCCGAGCAAUGGGGCUUUCUGCGUAAUCAAGUCACUCCGUUUCAUCUCAAGACGCCAGAUGGGGAGACUCUACACGCUUGGCACGUUCUGCCACUGGAGACAUACCGCCAACAUCAAACCCAACUCCGUGAGGAGCCAGUCGGUCUCUGCGCGAAUGUCGAAGACCGAAUCUCCUUUCGCUUACUGAAAGAUCCUACUGCGGAAGUAGUUAUAUAUCUACAUGGCGCAGCAGGUACACUGGGAUCUGGAUGGCGGCCCCAAAGUUACAGGGCGAUGAGCGCGACAUCGACCAACGUACAUGUCCUGGCUAUCGAUUAUCGCGGUUUCGGUACCAGUACUGGGUGGCCUUCGGAAGCGGGUCUUCUUACUGACGCGCUUACCUUGCUCAAGUUCGUAACGGAUACUGCGGAUAUACCAUCGGAAAGGAUUGUGGUCUUUGCCCAGUCCAUGGGUACUGCCGUAGCGUUAUCACUCACUCAUUACUUGGCCUUACAGCCUACUCCUACCGUUCUAGCUGGAGUUGUCUUAGUCGCCCCAUUCGCCGAUGUGGAGUCGCUUACCAGAACGUACAAGGUUGCUCGCACCCUCCCGCUGCUCUCCCCUCUCGCAGUAUUCCCGCCGCUUAUGAACCUACUGAACCGUUUUAUCAACACCAAGUUCCCAUCCAAGGAGAAGCUUGCAGCACUGGUUCACCGGCUGGACAGUAUCAAAGUCGACGACAAGCGGCAAAACUACGACAUCACGUUGAUACACGCCGAAGAUGACUACGAUAUUCCGUGGAGUCAUUCAGACACCCUUUUCUGGUAUGCCGUUAACGCAACAUUUGACAUACCUUCCUCCAUGACUUUCGAAGAACUGGAGAACACCAAAACUAAGGCGAAGACGCCUCUAGGUGCUGGUGGAUGGGAAGUGGAAUGGAAAGGGAAGCGUGGGAUCAUCAGAGAACAGAUUAUUAAGCAUGGUUCUCAUGAUCGUAUUAUGAGCUAUCCCAUUGUUAGUCUUGCUGUUUCGAGGGCUUUCCAUAUGCUGUAG